AUGAGCAAGCCAAUUAAUGUGUACAGUACACCUGAGUUGCGCCAGACGUUGGACGAGGCGCUUCCUGCGACUUUCCAGAGGCUCGGCUUUAAGCAGUCCUUUCAAUUGAUUGAUACGAAACUGAUUUUGGGUUACUCCAUCGCAGUCGUGGCAGGUAUUUCGUUCCUGUUGGACAAGAAACUGAAAUACGACGAAAGCCUCACAUAUCAGAAGCUUCUGGUGGCUGCAUAUGCUUUACUCUCGGGCGUGUUUUGGUGCUUCUGUAAGUACGUGGAAAAGGGCGUCAAAUACUCGGGAUCUUCGAAGGAUCGCACAAUCGUGGUAAAGACUAAAAUGGAAAAGUACAGUGUGGACUAUCAUGUCACCGUACAGGAUGAAGAUCGCUCAGUAGAAGUCAUUCUGCCCGCAAAUACCGUAUUCAAUGAAGCAGGCUACUUACAGUCAGACCGGCUUUUCGAGUGGUUCGAGCAGCAGCUUGAUUCGCUUGCGAAGAAAGCGGAAUAG